AUGGAGCGAUUAGAGCGCGUGCGGCCCAUGUUCGCCCAAGACUUGGAUGAAGUCGCAGCAAAGAUGACGCAGGAUACUUUCGUGCGCUUCAAGUGCUCGUUCGGUGGCGAAGCCUUUGUUCCUGAGGACCUCCGUCUUCCAGUGCCAGGCCUUGCGUCAAACUUCGAUUCCCUUGACACGGGUAUUAAAGAUUCGAAGCUAAUUCUGAAAGUGUGAGGAAGGCAUUAUCGUGAAAAUUUUCCCAGCUGACAUGAAGUACAGGGACGAGAUCCGCAGGAUAUUUGAUCAGCAGAUCGAUGCGCUCUUCAGCCUCAUAGAUCAACAGCCCCAGAUCGUGCAGAGCAGGUUUCCUUACGAGAUGAUAGUAUGUGCUCCUUGUGAAGCCCGUAGGAGGUCGUGACUGACAUCAUGCCGAGCGUAGAACUAUUUGAUCCUUUUCGGUGGAUUGAGCAGCUCUGCUUAUGUGCAACGGCGAGUUCGAGAUCGAUACGAGCAUGUCAUAGAGCCAAAAUUCAGGAACGCCAGAAACAUGAAAAUGCUCGUCGCUUCAGAGCCGUAAGUGCAAAUGCAUCGCAGAAGGUCGUCCGCUGAUAAGAUCAUAGGCAGCUCGCAGUCGUGCACGGAUUGGUUCUAGCUCGAGCCCAAGCAUACAGAACCGGUACAGAGUUUCUGGCCCAGAGGUGUUCUCCCGUGAGUUACGGCAUUGUGUGUCGAGAGCCGUACGACCCGAAAAGGCAUCAAGGCCAGAUGAUCGUGCAGGAUGAACACGACAAGCGUCUAUGGGCUGCGGACCAGAUUGCCUGGAUCGUGAAGAAGGUAUUUGGCCUGGCGCGUUUCCUUCUGCGCAGUGUGAUUGAUAUGACUAACGGAAAUACGAGGGUGACGUUUUCAGUGUCAAUCAGGGUGCCAGCCAAUUCUACCAAAUGAAGCUUGGCAUUGGUGAAGACAGGGUCCCAUGGAAGAUGCGGAUAGCCAUGUCGACGCUCGCAGUGGACCGUUUGCCAAAGACCAUCAAAGACGCUGGCGCAAAGAUUGCAUGUGAAGUGAAAUUCGCUCUCAAUGCCAGAGACUUCAGGAUGAAGAAUGCUCGAUGGUACCAGCUCAAAGCACCAUAUCUGACCGGAGAAUUCGAAGUCCGUUUAAUCCUUGGAACGGGCCUAAAAUUCGAAGUGUGGUCCAAAGAUCGCUUGUUGAGUAAAGGCCAUGAAGAAAUUCGGGUUGACUGGGUUCAGGCCAGUGGAAUACCAUCGUUCACCGCAGCGAAAGACGGAAGCCGUAUGUAUAGAGUUCAGCAGAGCAGCUAA